GUGCUGCUGGCAGAAUACUAGUUUGUCUUUCAAAACAAUAUGGUCCAAAUUCUCAGACAUAGGUUAGAAAUGUAACGAACUAACUUGCUUUGUUUGUACUAGCUAGUUUUCUCAUGUGAACUGCAUUCUUUAGAUGUAGCUAGCUUAGGAAAAUAAUGAUUUAGUUUGCAUUAAACAAAAGCGGCUUGCUAGCUGAUUAACUUUCUACCGAACCGGUUUAACUAUAGUAACGUUAGCGAGUUGUAGAUUGUACGGAACUGUAUGGCUAGCUAGGCGCUUGGCUUUUGCUAUUAAGAAAAGCAACGACAGCUACAAAAGUUGUACUUUGACUGGUAAAUUCCGUUGUCUUGACAUGGCAAGCAACGCGAGGUAGCAUUGCAGAGAACGGCUCGACGUUGGACUAAACCUAAGUCACCCCUGUGGACCUGUCUGUGUGAUGAUCCCACAAGCCAGGUGUUUGAUGGGUUCCUGGCAGCCAGUUGCUAAUCUAAGGGACUAUGUUUCCCAGCAUCCUCCUGGGGUCACCUUCUUCCUCUGUGUGCUGACCCUUGCCCUCACCUUCCUAAGCCUCGGGUCAUACACGCACACACACCGCCUGCCAAAUCCAGAUACGCAGGACUGGAACCACUUCCUGUCGUCGUUGGCCAACCUCCAGUUGUGUGUGAGAGCCAAUGGUACAGCAAUGGAGAUGGUUUCCUCUCCUCCAUUUGCGAAAGAGGAGGUAUGUGGAACAGUAUUGCUGAACUCCACCCAGAGCCCACCAUCCAUCACACAGUUGUCCCUUUGGGUGCCACUGGCCGUGAUGGACAGCUCAAACAUCCAAUCCCUGAGCGACCUUUGCCUCCAUGGAACGUUAUUGGCCAGUCAGCUGGGACUCACAGGUAACGAGGCUGUAAACGUGACACUGAUGUUCUCCUCUCCAUCUGUGGGAGGCAACUCGCACGCAUGCCUUAGCGUUAGCGCACCUACACACAUCCUACCUCCAGUCCUGCUGCCACCUGUGUGCCCUACCAAUGAAGGGACAUCCUCUCCUGUCAGAGCGAUUGCAAUGGAGAUAAGCAGCCAGAAGCCCUCAGCGUCACAGUCUUGCUACAGUCUACAGUACACACCUGAUCCUACACUCACCGCCAUGCUAACGCAGAAGGAGCUGGGUCUGGCGAGUAGGCAUCUGAUCCAGGAGCCACUGAUUGACUCCUGAACCAGUCUCCACCACAGCAUGCAGCUAGAGAAGGAAGAAAGAAGGAUGAUUCGAAUAAAGGACUCUUUCUGAGAGUCUGCUGCUUCUGCUGUUGGGGUCAGAGUUUGAUGGAGCAUCUCAUUUCAAACUGCGUAGCUGCUGUUGUUAAUCUCAAUCCAUGCUCUGUCCACAAACAUUGCUCUCUGGUAGACUUCUGAUGUUCUACUAGUCAUGUUAUGACUGCAGGGUGAAUGGGUACGUUAUUAAAUAUUUACAUUUUAUUUAAACACGUUGCCACAUCCUAAAGUGGUUUUAAUCUGGUCGGGCCUCUUGGCACUUCCAUCCAUCUGAGCCGCCUGCAGCUGUUCAUCCCAGUCCAGCUCCUCUCUCUGGAGUGUCCUCCCCACCACUGCCCAUCUUCUGCAGCAGGCUGAAAAACCAUCUAUUCAUCCUGCACCUUGAUUCCAGUACUGUCUUCCCCCUCUUAUCACUUCUACAAAGUUCACUUGUGUUGAAUCUUGCAGUUUAUUAGUUUAAUGAAUUACAGCACUUUUAGUACAUAGUCCCCCCAUUUUAGGGGACCAGAAGUAUUGGGACAAAUUAACUUAUGUACUAAAGUAGUCAAGUUUAGUAUUUGGUCCCAAAUUCCUAGCAUGCAAUGAUUAUAUCAAGCUUGUUAUUUUAUGUCCGAUAGAAAACAAUGGUAAAUCAUGUAUUGUCAUUUGAGUCACUUAUUGUAAAUAAGAAUAUAAUAUGUUUCUAAACACUUCUACAUUAAUGUGGAUGCUACCAUUACAGAUAGUCUUGAAUGAAUUGUGAAUAUCAUACCCCCCCCCCCCCACAAAAAUACUAACAUGCUAACCUCUCACCAUUACAAUAACAAUAAACCUGUUGGAUGCAUGUGGUUUUUGUUGCAUUUCAGAUUAUUUUGCGCACAAAAUAUCAUACCCCCAAGACAUGCAAACCUCUCACCUCAAGGGAGAGGUUAGCAUGUCUUGGGUGUAUGAUAUUUUGUGCGCAAAAUAAUCUGAAAUGCAACAAAAACCACAUGCAUCCAACAGGUUUCUAGAGUCACAAGCUUGAUAUAAUCAUUGCGUGCUAGGAAUAUGGGACCAAAUACUAAACGUUUGACUACUUUAAUACACAUAUACAGUAAGUGAAUUUGACCCAAUACUUUUGGUCCCUAAAAUGGGACUAUGCACAAAAAGUGCUGUAAUUUUAAUGGAGAAUACCCUCAAAUUAAAGCUGACAGUCUGCCAUUUAACCUCAGUCAUUGUAUUAUUUCAAUUCCAAACUGCUUGAGUACAUAGCCAAAACAAAUAAUUCACUGUUCCAAUACUUUUGAAGCUCACUGUAGAUGCAGAUCUAUCACAAAAUGGUUGGUUUAUGUCAAUGGAAUACUGGAAUAUGUAGGAUUCCAUCAUACAGACAUCAUGACCUUAAUGGGUCUGUAGUACUGGACUGAGACCCUGCCAACCUGAUCAUAUUGUUGGCUAUUGAUCCAUGGAUGGGAUCCCAGCAGUAGAGGUGAACCAUUAUUUUCACCCUAGCUCUUCAAGGGUAGUCACAUAGGGGCCGAUUCAGACUUAGGGAAGGAAUGCCUUUUACACAUUUUGAUUUAUGCACUUCAGUAUUUGGUAUUCAGACUUACCUCAUGCAGUUUGUGGUUGUAGCUCUCUUGCAUGCACUGAAUAAAUAUAAUUCAAUACCAGAAAACACACCCACUGGGUGGCCAAUCAACUUGAUCAGUUAAAUAUUUUAUUCUGUUAAUUUAUCUAAAGCAGUCCCUUUAAUUUGUACCUGUUUAAUUUCAAUUUGAUUGGCACAACAUAAUAACCUAUGGAGAAUGAUUUCAGAAUGGAGAUCAAUGAAAGAUAGCCGUUCAAAUGUAUGGAUAUUUAUCUCCUUUUCAGAACCCAUGCUUAGUUUUCAAAACACUGAUAUUUCACAAUGUAUGUUUAGGGAAGUUUUCACCAGCCCUGAGCUACUUCAGUCAAUACUAGUGGCUAAUAUUUAACAUGACAGAAAUAGUAGGAAACAGAGAAAGUUGGUGCAUAUAAUUAAAACAUUUGAGAGUGCCCAAAGGUUAAAUUUGGUGUGACUGUCAUUGUGCAAUGCUUUACAUCGUCAUCACAUGCUCUAGGCUGCAGUACCCAUUUGGUUACGUCUCCAAGUUUAAUCACUGCAAGGUAAAAGGCCAUACAAUAAAGAAAUAAUGCACAAGG